GUUUCCGUACCAAAGAAGUCUGAACCCUCAAAGAUAUCUGAUUUAAUUGAUUUUUGCCCGACUCUUAAUUUGUAUUUAAAGCCCAUAGCUCGAGUGUGUAUUACAGUUCAGAUCCCUCUUCUUCAUGAUACAUCUGGCCAGUUAAAGUCGUUUACUACAUGGGAGAUCAUUGAAAAAAUUCGGCAACUAUGUCCUGGAAUUCUUGCACCAUCCACUGUUAUGAAAGUAGUCCACACUACAUUGGAAUUUGUUAGGUUCGCUGUUGACUUGGAAAACAAGACCGACGUCAGGCGCGUGGUUACAAGUUUGGAAAGUCAGUUUAUCAAGCUAAGUGGAUUUCCACAAAACCUUCGUGUUCGCGCAAGUGAAGCUCCAUAUGACUGUCCAAGACGUCAUGAUUGGGAAGCGUUUUUUCGUGAUGCUCAAAAUAUGGAUGAGACUAAAUCUGGUGAGAGGCCUGACACUCUUGUACUCACUGGUCUUCCUAUCAGAUGGUUUGCGAGUGGAUCACACAACAGACCACGAUUUCGCGUUAAUAGUGAUGACACUAACAGCAGCUAUUUAUCCCUUUUGGUUGACGAAGAAAAACCUGAUCCUUCGAUUGUAAAAGAAGCAUUUGAAGUAUUUGGAAAAAUUCGGGAGAUUGAUAUUCCAAUGUUAGAUCCUUCACAAAAUCCUGAUUGCUUGGAAGAUUAUAUAAAUAGCUAUGACACUUUAAAUAGUUCAUGUGAUACAUUAAAAACGGACACUUCAGUUAACAAACCCAUUGAAUAUUCUUUCCGUAACGGUUCUGGCUGUACAGAGGAAUAUAUCGGUGGGUUCGGAAAAAUUGGUCCGGAUACAAUUGGAAUUUUAAAUCCAACUGUACAACACAGUGUAAUUAAUUCGUCUUCAGCGGACUCUGACAAAUCAAAAGUAUCUCAUUUGAUGAAGUCGAGAAACUCCAAUAUAUUGACUAGUCCAACUAAUACAAGUGUUGGUAGUCCACUUACAUUCAUAGCAUAUGUACAAUAUAUGGAUUAUACUGGAUUUAGCCGUGCUAUGGACAUGCUGCGUGGUCAGAAACUUGUUUAUGCUCCAACUUAUCGAAGUCAGUCAUCAGCAUUGGCAGAUCAGAAUGAAAAGUUGUAUUAUGCAGCUGAAAUUAAGAUUGAUUUUGAUCGAACUAAACACUUAUCACCAGAUUCUAUUCAUGCAAGACAAAACAAACGAAAUCAACUACUGAUAGUUGCUGAACGUAGACGUGUUGAAGCAAGAACUAUAGCUGAAGCAGCGCGUGAACGUUUACGUCUUUUAGAAGAUUCAGAGCGUAAAGCCGUAGAACGACGUGAAGCAGAAGCAUUAGCUGCUGAAGCUGAGCGUAUGGCGAAACGUGCUGCACGAGAAGAAAGUAAACGACAAAUUGCAAUAGAUAGGUGUAAAACAAUUAAAGAAGAAUUACUUAAAAAGAAAAUAUCCCUUGAAGAAUACCGUCGUAUAGUGGCUAUACGUAAAGUGGAGGGUAUACGAUUAAUGACUUUUUUACUAGCAAAAAUACAGGCUCGUCAUGAUUUAAUCGUGGCUGCUAGACGUCUUGAUCGUAUUUCAAAAGCAGAAAAAGCUUUAGCCGAAGCAGAAGCUAAUGUCAAUGUUGCCUUAUCCAAUGCAUCACAUAAUAAUAAUAAUAUUCGAACAACACCAGCCAAAGCUGAUAAUCAGUUAGAGAUAUAUGGAGAAAAAGAUUCUAAUAAGAUCUGUUCACAAUCUGGUUUACCACCCCUAGUUAAUUCGUCUCCUGAAUCUGUUGAAGAUGAAGUAGGACAAAACUCACAGUUUCAACAAUUAUUAAAUAAACGUGAGGAGUUUCUACGAAAUAACUUAUUACGUAAACGAGCUGAGAUAUUACGAACACAAAUUUAUGAACGAUCAAUCAUGUACAAUCCAACUUUUCCUGGGUAUAGAGGACGCAUUCAACUAAAUCGAGAGAAAUACUGA